CCGGCGCGCUGAGCCAAGCCGGCCACGUUGAGCCGCGGCUGCCUUCCCCUCGCCCGAGCCCUCGGACCCCAGCCAUGCGGCGGAGGCUCUGGGCCCCGGGAACGCCCCUGGCAGCGGCCGGAAUGGCCCCCGAGCCUCCCACGCCGCCCCCGCCGCCCCCGCCGCCCGUCCUGGGGGACUGGGACUACCUAGCCAACUGCUUCGCCCAUGACCGCGUCUGCCUCUCCUUUGGCCUGUGGCUGCUGGCUUCCCUGCUCUGGAUCGCCGCCCACGUCUUGUAUUUUUAUUUGGGGUGCUGCAAGAAGUCCAGCCGGGACAGGUCUGUGCUGUGUGUGAUUUACCGCUUUGUGGGCAGCCUGAGUGAUGCUUUUGGGGCGUUGCUGUCCAAGCAGCUCCCCAUCCAGGUCUUCACUGGUGUCUAUCUGGCAGCCAUUGAGGUGGUCAACCUCACUUUGCUUCUCUUCCCCAUCUGUGGCUCCAAGAUCAAGCCCAAGCUGGGUCGCUGCUCCCAGGAGAGGAUGCGGAGGAAACUCCAGGCCGGCAUGUUUGUCCUCCUUGUGCCCCUAGGGGUGGGUACUGGCUGGCUUGCCCUGGCUCCCCCAGCUCCAGCUGCCCCAGAAUUCCAUGGAGCGCAGAGAAGGCUUCUGGGAAGUGUGCUGCAGGAGAAUCCAGAAGCCCUUGGCUACCUGCUGGCAGGGGUUGGCCUGAUUGUCUCUUGGACUUCCCGGAUCCCUUCAUUCUCUAAAAUAUACCAAGGGAAAGCCUUUGCGGGUCUCCACCUGUGGGCCAGGGGCUUCUCGGCCCUGGCUGGUUUCCUCUACGCCUCUGCCAUAGUGGCUCAUGAUCGGCAACCGGAAUACUUGAUCCGCGCUGUUCCCUGGUUCCUCAUUUCCCUGGGGGCCUCCACACUUGAUCUUGCUCUGAUUUUCCUCUCUUGUGUGAUGCAAAGCAAAAUAAGGCGAGUGCUGGGCUUCUCCAUUGAGGCCACGGAGCCCCCUGACACACAAGCUCUCCUGACAUUCGCUGAAAGGGAAGAAGAUGACAGACAGGAAGAGGUGGAGGAGGAAAAGAAUUCCACCUGGGUCCCACUCCACAUGCUCCCCCACACCAAGUAUCUGCAGAAGAUGGCGGCCAUUGGCCGUUACAUGGAGCUGACCAUCGAACACGUCCAGGAGCAGAAGUAUUGGGAGGCCCUGAACUCGGAGCAGUGGGACUCUGAAGACGUGAAUCUGCCCUGGAACAAAGGCAGUGUGGAGAUGCCCAGGGCUCUGGCCCAGGAGUGUCCAGGCAGACAAGUCCACCCCACAGCUGAUGCCCAGUGAAGCCUGGGGGCGCCUGACUGCUGGGAGACGCCGACUAAGUACUGUAUCAGGGUCUCUGGGGGUGCUCUGCACAACCUGGCUAGGGAUGGCCUUCAUCAGACUUCACAAUGCCCUGAGACUGUCAGGAGAGGGCAGGAAUGGCUGAGGUAGAGACUCCCUGAUGGAGAUCACCUUGAUCAUGCACCCCAUUGAGAAGGGCAAAUCAUGCCACGAUGUCUGGGGAGCAGAACACAGAUCCAAACCAAGCAUGGGCCCUGGAGUGACUGACCAGAACUGUCCUUUCUUUGCAAAGAAGGUGACCACAGAGGCUGGUGGCCUAAAGGAGCCAGGCCCCUUCUCAGGUUUUGGUUCUUCAUCUUUCCUUCCUUCAUUCAAAAUGACUGUAAUUAAUUUCUUAGCCUAUGUUAUGAGCUGGGACAGAGUUUCGAAGGCAAGGACCUCCAAUCCUAUUGGAUGUUGUCAGCAAAGCCUUGGGUCUCCCUGCCCCGUCCAUUGCCAUUGGCAUCAUCAUCAUCCCUGGUGUUCACUGGCUCCCCAGCCUCUCUCCUCUCUCCUUCACUCUCCCAUCCAUCCAUCCAUCCAUCCUUCCUUCCGUCCAUCCAUCCAUCCCUCUAUCCCUCCAUCCAUCCAUCCAUCCAUCCAUCCAUCCAUCCUUCCAUCCUUCCAUUCAUCCAUCCAUCCUUCCAUCCAUCCAUCCAUCCAUCCUUCCAUCCAUCCAUCCAUCCAUCCAUCCUUCCUUCCGUCCAUCCAUCCUUCCAUCCUUUCAUCCAUCCAUCCAUCCAUCCAUCCUUCCAUCCAUCCAUCCUUCCUUCCGUCCAUCCAUCCAUCCUUCCAUCCAUCCAUCCAUCCUUCCAUCCAUCCAUCCAUCCAUCCAUCCAUCCAUCCUUCCUUCCGUCCAUCCAUCCUUCCAUCCUUUCAUCCAUCCAUCCAUCCAUCCAUCCUUCCAUCCAUCCAUCCUUCCUUCCGUCCAUCCAUCCAUCCAUCCUUCCUUCCUUCCGUCCAUCCAUCCAUCCUUCCAUCCAUCCAUCCCUCCAUCCAUCCAUCCAUCCAUCCAUUCAUCCAUUCAGCAGCAUGUAUUAGGUGCCUGCCAGAGCCAAGCACCAGGCCCAGGCCGGGGGCUGAGGGGCUAAGGAAAGGAGGUAAAAAGACAAUACUUCUGCUCUUGAGGAGCGAGGUUACAUUCUAAUGAGGGGAAACAGAGAAGUCCCUAUAUGGUCUAGAUGAGGUCAUUUCAUCAUUACUGACCAGGUCUAGCAAGGGCCUGAGGCUGCCCUCUGAGACUCCGCUGGAGGGAGGCAAUAGCUAGAGGUCCCAGAAGUGACCAGGGCGCCUACACUUGGGCAGCUGCAGCCUUCCUCCAUCUUCUGGCCCCUGGGGCCAGGGCAGGAGGGGGCACUGUGCUGGUUUUUACCUGAUAUAGUUUUAAGCAUGUUUGAAAUGCAGGGUAGGUUGGGUUAAUUAAGCACAAUAGGCUGGCCUUCUGGGUUUCCUCUCAGAGUCCAGCUGAAGACUGUCAAAUUUCACAGCUGUUUGGGGUCCCAGCAUCAGCCUGUGACACGGUCCAUCCGCACUGAGCUGAAACUGAGGGGCCCAAAUGAUAAACGCCAAUAAAAGGGACCUACUGCUGUGUGUGUGCACGAUUGCCAUGUGCACAAGGGCAGCCUGUCCUGCAUCUGAGAGAUGGGUUCAAAUCCUGCCGAGCAGAGGAAGAGGGAAGGAAGGGAGUCUGGUCCUGGACCUGCCCUCCUCUAGGCCAGUGGUUUGCAAAGGGGGCCAUGUGACCAUCCAACCAGAGGCCCUCCUACUGGUCUCAUCUCCGGCACACCCCACUCUGAUAGAGCAAUACACCCCAUCAACAGCCCAGGCAGGGGUCAUACCCUAAUUCUGCCCAUGGCAGCUGUCCUCUCCACUCUGGGGCAGUAAGAUUUCCCCUCACUUCCUGCUCCCCACAUGUUUUGGUGGGAAAGAGUGAGUUGGCAAGGGUGGGAGGCAUUGCAGGUGGCAGGAUGUCAUCUCUCCCCCAAACCCACCCCUCUCCUGAACAUCCUCAUUUUAUUCAGCUGAAGUCACCCACAAACCCCUCUUUUCUCUCAGUCCUCCUCCUCCCUGGGCUCCCUUCGACACUGUCCAUCACACUCCCUCUUCUCUGGGUUACUCCAGGUGAUCUGUGGCCUAUGAAAAUGUUCCUAGGUAUGUAGAGGCAGCCAGCGUGGUAGUAGAGAGACCACCGGCCUUAGAGUGAGGGAGACCUGGGCUUCCUGGCUGGAGGACCCUGGACAAGGGCCCCCUCUCAGGCCACUCCUGAAGAAAAGCCAUCAGUCACAGAGAAGGCACAUUUGACAGGAGAGCUUCCUCCUCCAGGAGUGAGUUCCUCAUACUAAUUUUCUAAUCUAUUUUAAAAUGUUCCAAAGGGUUUCAAUGGACUUUGAAUUCAUUUAGAAAAUCCCUUUUAUUUAUAAAAAUACGAUGCCAUCCAAGGAGUUUGCAAGAAUAACACUGAGGGAGACUGAAGGGUGCUCACUGAAUUUCCACAAAGAUCUGCCUUUGCAUGGUUGGUGUAUAGGAUUGAGAAAUGGGUGUUGCUGAGCCAGUGGGGUGAGGCUUCCCUCUGAGUCUUUGGGCCUGCUUUUCAUGGCCUCUGGCAGCCUUUGAAACCAAGGACCCCCAAAUGACCCACUUAGACUCUGUCACUGAACUGCGCCAUCUCAACAGGGUUAGACCAAGGCUGUCAAAAAACACUGACGUGUCUUGUUCCUGUGACUCUCGCCCAAAAUGUCGUGAUGGAUCGCUUUAGUUCAGGAUACUUUGGUGAGAGCAAAAAUGCUUUUGUACUAUGAAUAAAUACAUUUUCCCACAGUAUUACCUCA